AUGGCCCCUCCCAUUGAGCCAGAAGUUACUUCUGAUAUCCAAGAUGUCUCUCAACCGGUCCGGUCUCGGACGUCUUGGUACCGCUCUAUCCCUUUCCAAAUUGCCGUUGCUAGUGGUGUCUCGUUCACCGCCCCUGGAAUGUGGGAUGCACUGAACAACCUCGGAGCAGGUGGUGCAGCUGAGCCUUAUGCUGUCUCUGCGGCAAAUGCUCUGGUCUAUGGAUUAUUUGCAGUUGUUUGUAUCACCGCUGGUGCAAUCAAUAACCGUAUUGGCCUUCGAUACGGUCUGAUUCUCGGUGCUAUCGGUUACCCGAUCUACGGUGCCGGUCUGUACACGAACAACUACCACCCCACAACAUGGUUUCUGCUCUUCGGCUCUGCGCUGUGCGGUAUCUCAGCUGGAUUUUUCUGGGCUGCCGAGGCUGCUAUCAUCAUUGGUUAUCCCAGUCCCAAAGAGCGCGCUUUCUACAUUGCUGUCUGGCAGACCGCCAAGUCUUCUGGUCCGAUUAUCGGCGGUGCCAUCAGUCUGGGACUAAAUGCAUCGACUUCCCAAAAGGGAACGGUCAGCGCUGCCACUUACAUCGUUUUCAUUGUCAUCAUGUGUCUCGGUCUGCCGAUUUCGCUCCUUCUCAGUCCCGCCGAGAAGGUGCAGCGCAAGGACCACUCUCUCGUGAUUGUGGACAAGAAGGAAACUUGGGCCAAGGAAUUUAAGGCUGCAUUUUCGCUGAUCUUCACUCGCCGUGUGCUCCUCCUCCUCCCAGCCUUCUUCAUCAGUUACUUCUACAACGGUUUCCAGAGCACGUGGCUGACCAGCUACUUCACUGUCCGGUCUCGUGCAUUCUCCUCGUUCCUCACCAACUUCGCCGGAAUCGCGUCUUCAUUCAUCAUGGCCACCCUACUUGAUCGCCAAUCCAUCUUCAUCAAGACCCGCGCCCGAGUUGCUUUCUGCUCCAUCGUUGCCCUGAUCAUUGGCACGUGGAUUUGGGCUACCAUCCUGCAGAAGCAAUUUUACGAUGCACCCGAGCCCCCGAUGUUUGACUGGUUCACAAGCGGCUUCAACAAGGCGUAUGCGCUUAUCUUCUUCUGGACCUUCAGUGGCCAAGCCUUCCAGCAAUUCCUCUACUGGCUUGUUGGCCAGUACAGCACUGAUAUCUCAUCUUUGUCCUACCACUGCGGAAUCCUGCGCGGAUUCGAGGCUCUGGGACAAACCGUUGCAUGGGCCAUGCAAACCGAAGGUGAUGCCAACCACUUCGUCAGCAUCGGUCUCAACUUUGGAAUCACUAUUCUCGCCUUCGUCCCCACGUGGAUUGUUCUAUCUGAGUUAGAGCACAGCCACGAGGUGCAGGUCACCGCGGAGGACGUCGCGACCAAGACAGCGGGCGAAUCAACCGCCUAA